AUGACGGGAACGCAGCUCCAUUCGGAGUAUCGGAGCACUUAUCGUUGGCAUGAGUUCACUGGCAAUUCGCGUCCUGAAGUGGUGCGUCGUGCACCAGCGCCCAAUCCAAGUCAAUUUAUCGGUCCAACGAAUGAGCCACCAUUGCCUAGGCGGAAAAAAUGUCCCGAAUUGGCAUACAAGUCGCACGAGUUCAUUAUCGGCUCAGAGUAUACAGAUGCGAGAGGUGGACAUGCCGGUGCCAAUCGGUUAGCAAGGUCUGAAGAACGCGGUACACCAUCACGCCGGAGCAAAUCUGAGGGACCGCCAGUUGUGCCCAAUGGACGUGCUUAUGCCAUACCAGAGGAAGUUGAUGGAACGGCUAAAAAACAGGCGGGUGAGUCAAAUGGCCUAUUCAAAAAGACCAUGUCAAAAUUGAGCACAGAAUAUCGUUUGCAAUUCGUUUGGCCCAAUGUCCGACGAAUAAAGGGCAUUGAGGCCGGCGAUGCGGCGGAUCACCCCAGAAAAUCAAUAUCAAUGGGGGCGCUCAAAGCUAGCAAACAACAACAGCAACAACAACUGCAUCUAAGGCAACAACCACAACCGGCGAUGCCAACGGUUCAUAAAAAACGUACAACAAAUCAGAAAGAAGCUACGCUACAUGAGUUGGAGCCGCUGGUUAGCGAUGCAGAAGAAAGCAAACCACAUGAAAAACAAGUGGCAAUUGUGGAGAAGACCGAACGAAAAAUAACUAUACGCCCACUCUCGCAAGCAUUUGAUCAGGAACGCGCCAAUCACUUCAUCACCAAGAAGGAGAACUUCGGCUUCGAAAAGGUCAAGGACAAGGCCGGUGAUGGUGUGGACAAUAAGCAGCAGGAGCAGGAGGUGCUCUUGAAUGGCACUGCACCGCCACGUUCGCAACCGAAUUUGGAUUUGUGGUUCAAGGAAGUCGUUGAAUUGCGAAAGAAGGCGGGCGAGUACAAGUGCCGCGGUUGGGGUAUAGAAAUCGAUCCAGAGCUAUACAAGAAACAAAGGGAUCUUUGGGAUCAGGUUUCCAAGCGCAGUUCACUGUCCGCCUUAUCGUUAGCAUCUUCCGUGCAUAGACCUAUUACUAAAGAGGAGAAGGAACAGGAGAAUAAUAAAAAAUCCAUACCAUUAAGUAAAGCCACACAAAAAUCCCGAGUUCCUGGCCAUGCCCAUAUGCUUGAUAAUAAAGAUGAGAUUUCCGCACUGCCAGCUCGUUUUAGCAAUAUACGCCAUCAUUUGGAGCGCACCACUGGUCCUGAUGUUGAGGAGGGUGCUCUGUUGCCAUCGCCCACACGCGAGAAACUAAUGCCGGCUAUUACCAAGCGUGAGUCGGAAUCACAACGUGGCAGUCCCAAGAAGACGGCUGCCUCUCGGCACGGUUCACCACAGAAGGGUAGUCCACAGAAAGGCAGUCCCAAGAAGGUGAUCAAAUCGCGUUCACAAUCCGUUGGCCCGGCUGAAAAUGUGUCGCCGAAGCGUCAACUGCGCUCUGCCAGUACAGCGCCCAGCGCACGGCUGACAGCUGGCAAGAAGACGCCCACAGUACCUCAUCAUGCGACAACAGCAGCAACGACCGGUAGUGGAGCAGUCGAACGUAAGCCACGCCCAUACGAUGGCGAGGAUGGUCGUGAGACCGCCAUUUCCGUAUCGAGUUGCAGCCCUCAAGCAGCGCCUGAGAUACCGGACGAGCCUAUUGUCAAAUCGCCACCAGAGCCUACACGCGUCAAAUCGCCAGAGCAGAUAUUGAUGCGCUCACCGGAUCCAGUCAAUUGGACUGUGCCAUUGGAUACAGGGAAAACAUUCACUGUCACACAGAAUGUCAAAGAGGGUGAAAACUAUAGCCGGCCACAGAGCGAAAUAAAGGCUUCGACUCCGGUCGAGAAGCCACCGCCACCACCACAAUCGGCACCGCCACAAUUAACCGAACAGGCUAAAAUGGACGCCUGGAAACAUGCCGAACCGAAGAUGGGCACCACAAGUCCAACCGGUGCCGUUGGUGCUGGACGCUCAAUUGUCGCCACGCAGCCAACCGCUGGCGCUGGUGGUCUGCCAUCACCACCACCACCACCACAACUAGCCGGCAAGCCAGUGCCCGGUUCAACACUACGCUGCCUCGAUGAUCCCAUCUUUGAUGUGGAUAUCGGCCACUUGGGUGGUGGAGGUGGUGGUAUUGGUGUCAGCGCUGGUGGCGGUGGCAACACUUCGUCAUCGUCCACGUCGACCACCACGGCGGUAACAGCACGCACCACAGCGCACGAUGUGCUAGAAAAGGCUCGUGACCGCUUCGAUCGCUUCUGGGGCGGCAGCAAGGAGGAGGAGGUUUAAGUUGAAGGCGAAGAAGUUAAGAAAAAAUUAUGAAACAGAGACGUUUGGUCGGAAUGAUGAUGGUGAUGGUGAUGAUGAUGGUGAAAAUGAUCAAAGUGAAGUCGCUAGCCACUACUUAUAAUGUUGUUAGUAAACAGAUGUUGGUAUUAGAGAUCGUAGAGAUUUGGAAGUUCAGCAAAGUUUACAUUGAGAUUUUUAUACUCAUUUAGAAAGAAAACAAAAACAAGCAAGUUUUUAGUCAAAUUCAUGAAACAACUAUUAUAAUAAUUAUAAUUACUACUAACUAAUAUAUUAUCAACAAGUCUAACACAAAAUGAAUGCCUACUAUUUAUAGAAUAAUAAAUAAUAAAAAAAAGAACACAAAUAAAAAUCACAAACAGCAAAAACACAAAAAAUAUGCAAAUCUGCAUUUGAAAGUAAACAAAAAGAAAAAAAAACUAAUGCAUGACAUUAAGUGAAAAUUUACAGAAGCAAAUAUUUAAGUGCAGAAUACUUGCGCCUAAGAGUCAUAGCAAUAAAAAUAAAUUAAAAAUGCAUAGUGUUGUCAUACUGCAUAUAUCGCCACAAAUACACACCCGUACUACAACAUAGCAUACAAACAAACACUUUGUUAGCGCUGCGCUCUUUAAAGCCACACUAAUUGACACACUAAAAGAAAACGAAAAAAAAAUUAUACAUAAAUAUUUUAUUGCAGGAUCAAAUCAAAUCUUUUAAUAUAGUUUAAUAGCAGAUAUUUAAAACCUGAAUGAAAAAUACACAGGGUAGCAGGAUUUCAAUUCAUAGCUCUAAAAAAAAAUGUAACGACUCUACUUAUAAUCGCAAUACAAGCAGUUUAAUAAAAGAGACAAACAAACAAAUCGAUACAUAGAGCAAUCGAUAACAAUUACAUAAACACUAAUUGAGUUAAUAGAAAUUAAUUAGCUAAAUAUGCGAUCUGGAGUCACAAAAUGUACUUUCAAACAUAUUUUGACAUUUCAGGCAUACAAAGGCGACAUGAAAAGGAAGUGAAAGCAGAAGGAUUUAUUUUUUUAUUUUCCGAUUCUUUAUUAUAUUUGCAAACCUUACCUAUUACUGAGAUACUAACAAUAGGUUCACAAAUCUUAAUCAAUUAUUCCUUUUUCAGCAUUUAAUUACUAGGUGCUUUAAUUUAAUUAACCUGCACUAGAAUUCGGAACUGUAUUCGUUAGUCAUUUUCGUAUAGAUUCGUUUGUCAUUUUCAUAUUUCGUUACGCGUAAAAUGGAUUUUGCUUAAUAAAAUGUUUAUGUAAUUUAGUUUUAUAACUUAUAUUAACAUAAAUUGUUGCUUUAUUACCGCUUCCCCUAUUGAAAUUUGUAGGUCUUUGUAAAUGCCCGUAGUUACAAUAUACGUUGGAGCUACAGCAAUUGUACGCAGCAUUUUUGAUUGUGCUCUCAACGCGCAUUUCGAUAUAUAUUGUUGUUGCUAGCAAUGCGCCAUAGUUCAGACACACGCCGAGAUUGGCUUUAGUACAACGUCAGCCAUUUUUAGCUUUCUCAUUCACGCCUUUCGCUGCCAACGUCACUGCUUUCCCACUUACACAAUAAGCUUCUUCGUAUAGUACAGGUAUACGAACAAUGAACGAACAAUGGCGUUCGAGCGUAUUGUGUAAAUACAUAGUAACAUAGCGCUAUCGCUCUCCAAGACAUGAAUGUUUAUGGUUGGUUGGUUGGCUGUGCUGAGAGUUGCAUUCAAUAGUGUAUAAGUGGUAUUCUCCCAUGAAUGCAGCUUGUCUAUUAACUUC